AUGUUGUUGAGGAAGUUCUGCUGCUGUUGUUCCACUGCCCCCUACUGCCCCGCACUGCCCCCUACUGCCCCGCACUGCCCCCUACUGCCCCGCACUGCCCCCUACUGCCCCGCACUGCCCCCUACUGCCCCGCACUGCCCCCUACUGCCCCGCACUGCCCCCUACUGCCCCGCACUGCCCCCUACUGCCCCGCACUGCCCCCUACUGCCCCGCACUGCCCCCUACUGCCCCGCACUGCCCCCUACUGCCCCGCACUGCCCCCUACUGCCCCGCACUGCCCCCUACUGCCCCGCACUGCCCCCUACUGCCCCGCACUGCCCCCUACUAAUCCUGCAUGUUUGA